GUUGUUUGAAUUAUUCUAAAUCAUCAGAAAGUUUGUUAUUUUAUCUCAGUUUAUUUUAGUCAAUAAAAGCCAUUAUUCUAGCUCUUCAAUGGUCUCUAUUUAUUACAAUUUUAUUGACUAAAAUAAGUACCGGUAAUCAAAAUGCCAAAGAGAAAAACCCGGGAUCGAAAUAAUGUUGAAGAAUGCUGGAUGCCUACUUGAAAGGAAACUAUUACACUGAAGAUACGAAAUUGGAUAUCUUAGUUACCUUGCUGUCAGCUGAAAAUUACAAAUUGAUAAUAGAUUGUACUACAUUCGAGGAAAGUAUCUCCAUCCUUGAAGGCAUAUUUAUCAAGAAGAAAAGCGAAAUCUUUACAAGGUACCUUCUCUCUAUAAGAAAACAAAAACAAGGUGAGUCCAUCGAUAAUUUUUUCCUAAAACUGAAAGAACUCAGCCUAGAAUGUAAUUUUACAGCGAUCUCUGCUACAGAGAAUCGAGAGGAGCACAUAAAAGAAGCAUUGAUUGCAGGUUUAUAUUCAUCCGAAAUCCGCCAACGAAUUUUAGAAAGCCCAGAUAUGUCUUUGCAUGAAACUCUUAAUCGUGCAAGAGCUUUUGAGUCUGCAAAAGAUCAAUCACAAUGCUACAAUAAAUCUAAUCCUCCAUUUGAGCUUAAUGCUUGCAAAGAUACAGAAAAUGCAUCAAAUCUAAUUCCUAAUCAAAAAAACACUUCAGACUCCUCAUUAUCAGCUGUUAGUAUUAGUGGACAAGCAUGCUUUUUUUGUGGCAACAAAAAACAUUCUCGACUAUUUUGCCCAGCUAAAAACGAAUUCUGCAAGAAGUGUGGUAAGAAGGGACACUUUGCUCGGGUAUGUAACUCAAAAUCUUCCGUAUUAGAGAAAAAAAGAGAGUUUAGUAAUUCGAUAUUACUAACACCUUCAGUGCAAGCCGAAAAAUGUCUUUCAAAGGUUAUUAUUCCUAUUACCAUAAACGGAACUGAAAGUCAAGCACUGAUCGAUACUGGAGCAACUGGCAACUUUAUUGACGAUACCUAUGCAAAAAAACUGAAUUUAGAAGUUAUACCAGAGAUAGGAAAAGUAACUUUAGGCUCAAAACGCUUCACACCACAAAUCCGAGGCAAAGUUAACGUGAAUUUAACAGUUCAGGGAGAAAGUUAUACAAACACAACCUUAAUGCUUAUGCAAGACCUCUGUGAAAAUAUUAUUCUUGGGCACGAAUUUAUGAACAAUUUCUCCAGUAUAGAAAUACCAUUUGGAGGUAAUAAGCCACCUCUUACUAUUUGCGGAAUAACUCAAGCAAAAAUUCCUCCUUGCUCCCUUUUUCAACAUCUAAAACCCAAUUGUCAACCAAUUACAACCAAAUCUCGCAAAUUAUCAAAAGAUGAUGAAGAUUUUAUUUCCAAUGAAAUUCAACAAUUACUGGAAGAUGGCAUCAUAGAAGAAAGCCACACACCUUGGCGUGCCCAAGCAUUUGUUGUUAAACCCGAUAACCGAAAAAAAGGAUGGUUAUAGAUUAUUCUAGAACUAUAAACAAAUUCACUGAAUUGGACGCCUAUCCCAUUCCAAAUAUGGAAGAUUUAGUUCGCAAAGUAGCUCAGUAUUCCUGGUAUAGUACUGUAGAUCUGAAAUCCGCAUAUCACCAAGUACCAAUCUUACUUGAAGAAAGGCAAUACACAGGAUUUGAAGCAUGUGGGAAACUUUAUCAGUUCUGUCGUAUUCCUUUUGGUGUCACUAAUGGUGUUUCAGCUUUUCAAAGAGUAAUUGAUUCACUCAUACAAAAAGAGAAAUUAUUUGAUACCUAUGCUUAUUUAGAUGACGUCAUAAUUUGUGGAAAUUCAAAAGAAGAACAUGACACUAAUCUUGAACGGUUUCUUGCAGCAGCUUCAAAUAACUCACUUACUAUAAACAAGGAGAAGAGUAAAUUCUGUCAAAAGGAGAUACGUUUCCUAGGAUUUUUAGUUGGAAACAAAUCAUUACGUCCAGAUCCCGAACGCCUUGAGCCUCUACUUAAUAUGCCCCCACCUCCUAAUCCCAAAACUCUUCAGAGAACUGUGGGCCUCUUCGCACAUUACUCUCGAUGGAUACAAAAUUUUUCAAGUAAAAUUCAUGCCUUGGCACACUGUACGCUCUUCCCUCUUCAAGGAAAGGCCCUUGCAGCUUUUGAAGAUCUUAAAAAAGAGGUAGCUGCAGCUGUAAUACAUGUUUUUGAUGAAGGAGGCAUUCUCACUGUAGAGACUGAUGCCUCAGAUUUCUGCAUAGCAGCAACACUAUCUUACAAUGAACGUCCUGUUGCAUACUUUUCACGAAUGCUAAACGAAAGUGAAAAACGACACUCAUCAGUUGAAAAAGAGGCAUAUGCCAUUGUAGAAUCUAUUAGGAAGUGGCGUCAUUACUUAUCUGGUCGUUUCUUUCAACUUAUUACUGAUCAAAAAUCUGUUUCAUUCAUGUUCAAUAGCGCGGCAAGAGGCAAGGUGAAGAACGAAAAAAUCAUGAGGUGGCGCCUUGAGCUAUCUCAAUACACCUAUGAGAUCAUUUACCGACCUGGAAAAGAGAACAUAACUGCUGACGCUCUUUCUCGAGCAUGUGUGAUAAUGGGAUGUAUCACAUCAAAACAAGACUUGAUAAAAUAUCAUCAAGACCUCUGCCACCCCGGCAUCACAAGAUUUUUUCACUGGACUAAAGCUCAUAACCUUCCAUACUCGGUAGAUGACAUCAGAGAAGUCUGCAUGGAAUGCAAGAUCUGCUCAGAGCUGAAGCCAAGAUUCAACUGUUUCAAAGGAAAAUUGAUAAAAGCAACUCGGCCUUUUGAAAGGAUCAACAUUGACUUCAAAGGACCCCUGCCAUCAUCAACUAGAAACAAGUACAUCCUCACUAUUGUGGAUGAAUAUUCGAGAUUUCCCUUUGCCUAUCCCUGUCGAGACAUGUCAUCAGAAACAGUAAUUCAAAAUCUCAAUGACUUAUUCACCACAUACGGCUAUCCUUCAUACAUACACACUGAUAGAGGGACCAGUUUUCUAUCAAAAGAUGUCAAAGAUUACUUAAUGUCCAAGGGUGUAGCUACCAGUUCCACAACACCUUACAACCCUCAAGGUAAUGGACAGGUGGAACGCUACAAUGGAAUAAUUUGGAAGACAAUCCGUUUAGCCCUACGGUCCAGGAACAUGGAUACUUCUCACUGGGAAAAGGUACUCUUAGAAUCACUAAGCAGCAUUCGCUCGCUUCUCUGCACGACCAUCAAUUGCACACCUCACGAGCGAAUGUUCAUUCAUCCUCGUAAUCCCACGUCUAUGACAAACUUGCCAUCCUGGCUGAUCAACGCCAAGGAGGCAUGGAUGAAGACCUUUGUAAGACGCAGUAAGCAUGAUCCUGAAGUUGAAAAGGUAGAAAUUAUUCAUUUGAACCCUCAUGUCGCUCAA